UCAAAGCUCUGGCGUGAUUUGGCCAAGAUCCUGUCUCCGGAAGAUUUUCAAAAACUCCAGAGCAUGACAGACAGGAAAUCACGUCGGAUUUCUGACUUAAUAACAAAACGGCAGGAUGAUAAGUUGCGUAGGUUUGGGAUUAUUAAACAGCCUAAGUUAAAGUCAGUACGCCCAGUUGAAGUGGUUUCCGAAGUGACAACAUUUACUGAUCAGCACGGGGAUAGGAAGAAAGUAUUAAACUUAUCAUCAAUUCCUCUCAAUCCCGUAACAACUGUGUUCUUGAAAAAAGGACUCAAUUUUUCAAUUCAACAUUACAGAAGGCUUCUAGGAGACAUUCUGGUCGAGGUUAGCAAUAUUACCGACAAGUUCCCUGAGGAGACAAAACGGGAAAUUGAGAUGGAACUAAUUCCAAAGAUCUUGACCCUUCAGGAGCCUACAAACAAGAAUAGAUUUGUCGGCAUGCGCUAA